ACCAAACGUCAAAUAAAUUUUUGAAUUACAUAACGCGCGCUUUGCUGCACUAAUCAAUACAAAAAGCGACACGUCUGACAAUUUCGGCUUCGUGCAAUGAAAAGCGGCGACCAAAAAGCCCCUGAAUGCAACACCUGCCUAGAACCAAAAAUCUCUGUAAUCUCACUCCAAUGUCGCAUUUGCUAUGAAAAUGAAAAAAACGAACCAUUAAUAGCCCCCUGCAACUGCAAGGGCACGGUUGCCUUCGUACAUCAGAGCUGCCUUGAGAGAUGGUUCAACGAGUCAAAUACAACAAAUUGUGAACUUUGCCAUGUUGUGUUUCGGACUGAACGCUUACCAAAAUAUACACCGAGACAGUCGAUCUGGCGUUGGGUGAGAACUCACAGAGCUCCUAGAGGCAUUACAAGAGGAGUACGGAGUGAUAUCAUUGCAUGUACUGUAAUAACUCCGGUGGCUAUCAUUAUUACGUAUGCAUGCCUGUAUUCGUCUGAUUAUUACAAUGAAAAGAAAUUUGUGUUGCUGCCUGCUGCUCGGUGGACUUCAUUGUCGUUACUUAUAAUGAUCGGGAUCAUGUUGAUUGGAUACUAUUUAUGGGUCUAUUCAGUUAUUAGAAUGCAUUCAAGAAUGUGGUAUAACUGGUGGCAGAGGGACUGUGUAGUAAGGUAUAUUCCACCAAGUAAUACACAGAUUUGCUGUCACCCUCCUGCAGAAGUAGCUAAUUUAGAUGCUGCUGCAUCGACUGCGCUGUUACUUGAAAUACCAUCUGCUGAAAACAAUGAAAGUGAAAGUUUUACCAGUAUACAAGAGGUUGGAAGUGAUUCUGAAGUUUCAGAAGAGUCUGAAGAAAAAAUUGAGAAUGAAGUUGUUGCAGUUAACAUCCCUGAAGAAGAAAUUAUUACUAUUGACAUCCCUGAGGAAGAAAUAUCUCAUGAAAAUGCAGACAAAGAAACAAAAAGUGAGAUAUAAAU